AUGACUGCUAGGAUCAAAAUAUGGAGUUCUAGGAACCUUUCCUACACAGCUAGAAUGCAGUUAGUUAAUUAUGUUUUGCUUAGCUUGCAUAUGUACUGGACUCAGAUAUAUGUGCUCCCAAAGAGUGUUCUUCAAGAUAUUGUGAAGAUUUGCAGGGCUUUCCUUUGGAGUGGCCAUGCUUACAGUAGUAAACCAAGCAGCAUUGCUUGGGAAAGAAUUUGUUGUGACAAGCAGAGUGGUGGUUUGGGAUUUAGAGAUGUCCUGUUAUGGAAUAUUGCUAGUAUAGGCAAAUAUGUUUGGGCUUUGGCCACUAAACAGGAUAAUGUCUGGAUUAAGUGGGUUACCUCAGUUUACUUAAAGGAUGGGGAAUGGUGGGAUUAUCAGCCUAACAAUACAGCUAGCUGGUAUUGGAAACAGGUGUGCAGUACUAAAGACAAGCUAAAACUGGUGUUUACUGAAGCAGAAUUUGGUGCAAUGUCUAAAUAUUCUGUGAAGCAAGUCUAUAACAAGCUGGCAGGUAAUAGACCUAAGGUCCAUUGGGACAGAUUGGUGUGGAAUAGGCUUAAUACCCCAAAGCACAGGUUUAUUUCUUGGCUAGCAAUUCAAUCCAGGUUGCAAACUACAGCUAAAAUGGCUAAAAUUGGUAUCAGCAGCUCUGCAAGUUGUUUAAUUUGUGGACAGAAGGAUGAGGAUCAUCAUCAUCUUUUCUUUGAUUGUUCCUACAACAAGGAAUGUUUGGAUGCAAUGAAGGCAUGGUUGGGAAUCAACACUACUGCUGUUGAUUUACAUCAGUUAUAUAGAAGCAUCAAGCAUGGAAGACACUCUAAAUUCAGGAAGCAGGUAUACUAUGCAGCAAUUGUGGCACUAGUGUACUUAAUCUGGAGAUGCAGGAACACUAGUCUAUGGGAUCAGUUGGUUCCUGCUGUUAAAGUUACAGUUGGUACUUUGAAGCAAACUGUGAAGAGUAGAAUUCAAGCAAUCUUGCCUAAAUAUGUAAACAAGAAAGACAAUAGUUGGUUUGUGAGCUUAUAA